CUUCCGCGUCUUGGUCUCAUCCGCAACUCUCAGUUUUAUCGGCCUCGGCCAUGGCAUUUCUUGCGAGUCUUCGGUUCGAGAUCAAUAUACUGGAGACCAAAGAGAAGAAUCCGCUAUUCUCCGCUAUUGAUGAAACUGACUAUGGGAGGAGAACGCAGCUUGCUAAAAGUUCACACAGCAGAGUUAACUGUCGAUCAAAUGUCCUCGCGAUAACCCAGCCUGGGAGAGUCUCAGCCGUCUCAGUUUCAAGGCUUGGUAUGCCUGUUCUUUAUGAUCUUUGCACUUGUUUGUAUAAGUUCCCAAUUAGAAGUUCUCAAGCUUGUCUUGCCUGCAAAACAAAGACAUAUGAAUCAGGAGCUGAUGAUCACAGUUUUGAGGCUGUUCCCUUGAGCCUGUUGACUGCAGAGAGGGAGGAAGCAAAGGCUGUUCUAUCACUAUUCCUUAGAAAACAAGGUUUGAGCAAUGCUGUGGCUUUAAGGAUUGCCAAAAAGUCAGAACUUUUUAUCAAUCACCUUACGUCAAAACUCCGAAGUUUCUAUAAAUCUUGGUUUCUUGUAGGAAGAGAGCUCACCACAAUUGAAAUCAGAAAUGCCCUCAUUCCUUACCUAGAAUCCCUUCAUGAAGAGAAAGGUGAUCUACUAGUUGAUGUUGUGGUGAGCUACCCAAAUCCUCCUGGUAGGGAAAAGGCUAAUCCAGUUGCUCUAACAGCAAGCUCUUGCAUUGACAAGAAAGAAAGGGCUGUUGCAAGAAUUUGUCAGAAGAAUUCUGAUGGACUCCUACCUGCUAAUGUCAGAUACCUCAUGGACCUUGGUAUGGAACUUGAAAAAAUUAAGAGCAUUGUAAGUAGAUUCCCUGCCUUUGCUUUCUAUACUUUGGACCGAAAGAUCAAGCCCCUUGUAGAGUUCCUCCUUGAGCUUGGUGUGGAUAAAUCAGAUAUACCGUCCAUCCUUCAUAAAAGGCCUCAGUUAUGUGGGAUUAGCCUCUCAGAGAACUUGAAGCCCAUGAUGAUCUUCCUCGAGAGCUAUGGGGUUGACAAAAGCAGGUGGGCUAAAGUGAUAUGCCGCUUCCCUGCACUUCUCACCUACAGUAGGCAGAAGGUAAAGGCUUCAGUGGAUUUUCUCAGCGAGCUCGGUGUUUCAGAGAAGAACAUAGGGAAAAUUUUGACAAGAUGUCCCCAGAUAACAAGCUACAGUGUGGAAGGAAAACUACGUCCUACUGCAGAAUACUUCAUGACACUGGGCAUUGAUCCUGCCUCUCUUAUCUACCGAUGUCCGCAGACCUUUGGUCUAAGUAUUGAUGGGAACCUCAGACCUGUCAAUGAAUUCUUCCUUGAGAGAGGUUACAGUGUGCAAGAAAUAGCCACCAUGGUAUCAAGAUACGGAGCUUUGUAUACCUUUAGCUUGACUGGCAACAUGAUACCAAAGUGGAACUACUUCCUCACCAUGGAUUAUCCACGAUCAGAACUUGUCAAAUUUCCUCAUUACUUUGGCUAUAGCUUAGUUGAAAGGAUAAAACCUAGGCACUUCCGGAUGAAAGAAUGCAAUGUAAGGUUAAUUUUGAAUCAAAUGCUAUCCAGCUCUGAUAGUGAUUUUGAGAAGGUCAUGGAGAAAAAAAUGUGGAAAUUAUCAGGUACUCUUGGCUCAACAAAAGUAUGAAGAUAUGCAUUAAAUAGUUUGUUUUCCUAGGGUUAGGGCGUCUUGAAUUUUGGCUGAAUUUGAGAUCUCUUAGACUUAGGUUUUUUUGGGCUCUAGCGGCGUCUAGAGAUUUGAGAGAGAUAGAUCCUCCUCUCGAAUAGAGGAUCAAUUUGUAUCUUGCUAUUUUCUUCCGUUUGUGUUCUUGCAAUAAAAUUCUUGGUUUUAUCUGAAAAUUUCUCUUUGUUUUUA